CGGUUGGGCUGGCUCCUGUGCUGCAGAUUCCUCAGCUCGCCAGUUCGGAAUAGGAGUUACAGAUGAAAGGAGCUGCGAUCAUGGCUAGGUUCUCCGCGCUCUGCGCUGUGCUGGCCGCCGUAAUCAUCCCCAGUCUGGCCGGAUACAUCGAGGCCCUUGCCGCUAAUGCUGCUGCUGGGUUUGCGGUGUCUGAGCCACAAGUUGCAAUGUUCUGCGGUAAACUAAACAUGCACAUGAACGUUCAGAGUGGAAAAUGGGAGCCAGAUCCUUCAGGAAGCAAGGACUGCUUUCAGACCAAGGAAGAGAUCCUGCAGUACUGCCAGGAGGUGUAUCCUGACUUUCAGAUCACAAACGUGGUGGAAGCUAAUCAGCCAGUGAGCAUCGACAACUGGUGCAGAAUGGGGAAGAACAAUUGUAAGGGGCACAACCACAUUGUCCUACCCUACAAGUGCAUGGUGGGUGAUUUUGUCAGCGACGUACUUCUGGUUCCUGAGAAAUGCAAGUUCUUCCAUAAGGAGAAGAUGGACGUGUGUGAGAGCCACCAGCACUGGCAGAACGUCGCUCGCGAGGCUUGUAUGACUGAAGUCAUGGUCCUCCACAGUUACGGAAUGCUGCUUCCAUGUGCUGUCGACCAGUUCCGCGGCACAGAAUACGUCUGCUGCCCUCAGGCUAAGAAGAUAGACGAACCUCUUUCCAAAGAGGAGGAAGAGGAGGAGGAGGAUGAAGAGGAUGAAGACGACUAUGACUCUUUUAAGAGUGAGUUCCCUACUGAGGCUGAUGUGGAGGACUUCACCGCUGCAGUGGAGGAUGAUGAGGAGGAGGUGGAGGAUGAAGACGAUGUUGUGGAAGACAGAGAUUAUUAUUACGACAACUACAAGGACGAGGACUACAACGAGGAGACUACCACAGAGCCAAGCAACGGCAAAGCGCUCUCCAACAAGGAGAUCAUUUCAGACGUGAAAGCUGUCUGCUCGCAAGAGGCUGUUACUGGUCCCUGCCGGGCCAUGUUUCCUCGCUGGUACUUCGACAUCAACCAGAAAAAGUGUGUCCGGUUUAUAUAUGGCGGCUGCGGUGGCAACAGGAACAAUUUUCAGUCUGAGGAGUAUUGUAUGGCCGUUUGUAAAGUGACGAUACCCACAACCCCGGCUCCUGUGGAUGAUGUAGACAUUUACCUAGAGACCCCAGCAGAUGACAACGAGCAUGCGCGCUUCCAAAAAGCAAAGGAACAGCUGGAGGUCCGACACCGCAACCGCAUGGACAGGGCCAAAAAAGAAUGGGAGGACGCAGAGCGCCAGGCGAAGAACCUGCCAAAAGCUGAGAAGCAGACACUAAUGCAGCAUUAUCAGGCCACUGUGAAGGCUUUGGAGAAGGAAGCUGCCCAUGAGAAGCAGCAGCUGGUGGAGACUCAUCUGGAGAGGGUGGAGGCCAUGCUGAAUGACAAACGCCGCGUUGCUCUGGAGAACUAUCUGUCUGCUCUGCAGGCUGACUCCCCUCGUCCUCAUCGUAUUCUUCAAGCACUAAAGCGAUAUGUGCGGGCAGAGAACAAGGACAGACUGCACACCAUUCGGCACUAUCAGCAUGUUCUGACCGUGGACCCUGAGAAAGCUGCCCAGAUGAAAUCCCAGGUUAUGACCCAUCUCCGUGUGAUUGAGGAACGUAUGAACCAGAGCCUGUCUCUCCUCUACAAAGUCCCAUACGUAGCCGAUCAGAUUCAAGAUGAAAUAGAUGAGUUAUUCCAGGAGCAGCGCUGGGACAUGGACCAGUUCACCUCCUCUUUCUCAGAGUCCCAGGGAGAUGUGCGGGUCAGCUCAGAGGAGAGCGACGAGACUUCAGUAAGAGAAGGCAAACCCUUCCGGCCUAUUCAGGUCAAUACAUUCCCAGCAAUCUCAGAAUCUGAAGAAUCAUCACGGGACUCCUACCUUCCAGUGAGAAAAGGCUCUGGCAUGGCCGACAAGCCCCUCAUCGGUGCUGAGGAGAAGAUCCUGAACAGUAAAGCUGAUAAGAAAGUGGUCAUUGAUGAGACCCUGGAUGUGAAGGAAAUGAUUUUCAAUGCAGAAAGAGUCAGUGGACUUGUGGAUGAGCCGGACACAGACGGAUCUCUCCGCAAUGAGUUCAGUUUCAGCAGCGGCACAUUAAUCGGCCUCCUGGUCAUCGCUGUGGCUAUUGCCACCAUCAUUGUAAUCAGUCUUGUCUUGCUGAGAAAGAGGCAGUAUGGCACAAUCAGUCACGGGAUUGUGGAGGUGGAUCCCAUGUUAACCCCUGAGGAACGUCACCUGAACAAGAUGCAGAAUCAUGGCUAUGAGAACCCCACCUACAAAUACCUGGAGCAGAUGCAGAUCUAAAGAGCUAGAGGGUGGGAAUGGGUGGGGGGAGGGGUCUACAUAAGCCUGGGUUGGAUAUGUAGUUGGAAAUGGGGCCAAAGAUACUGGGCGGGCAUUGAUUUGGGUUUCACUGCUGACCAAUGUUGAAGAGAGAGUUAGUCCAUUACCCUGGGCUCUCGUGGACUCUGAUCACUUCUGAGAUUUUUAUUUUCCAUUCUUUUAAACGGGUGACAGGAUAGGGUUAAUACAGAGUCUUCACUGAAUAUUUUAUCUUUGUGGUAUUUUUUGUUUUUGAGUCAGAUGCCAUCACUGUGUGAGUCUCCUGCAUACAAUAUACAUAGAUAUAAAUAUAUAUAUAUAUGGAUGGGACCUGUCAUUUCCAUGGGUCUCAAUAGGAUGCUUAUUGCCUCUUUCAGUUUGCCUAUUUAAGAGACAAAGAUUUCUUCAAAAUGUAAAAAAAAGAAAAAAAAAUACUAAUCAAAUCUAGAAAGACGCGAACAAUCAGGACAGGAAAAGUGGAUGUCGCUGUAGGUUUUAUUUUUGGAUGGAUGCCACUUUUUGGAAGUGAUGGCACGAAGGGGUAACCUGUGCUGAUUCGGCAGCGGCGGAAGCACAGCUCCCAGGCUGUGCUGAAAAUCCAUGCUGAUUCUUGUACUACAACCGCUAAUGUAACCCCAACGCUAAUAUUGCCAACCCUUGUUCUAUGGAGGUAAAAAUAGAAGGGAGGUAGGGGGAAUCAGGGCUACCUUAAAAUGGCGAUUCCUCCCCCUCCCCACCCCAUUAAAAAAUAAAAAUAAAACUUCCAGACUGGAGGAUGAUGAGAUCCUGCAGACUUUGUACUACUGAUCUGUAUUUUGAGCCAGUGCGCCACCACCGCCGCGGUGAUACUCUGGUUUUCUUCUUGUCCUCGUUACCAGUAAAGUAGAUUGUUUCAUUCCCGGGAUUCAGUUUGGGAUUGCUCACCACAUUGGAACUGCUGCACUUUAUUAAAUCCACCCCCUUCCUAUGUAUAAACUUUAUUGGUAAUCAGAACAAGAUGGCAGAACAUUUGCAUGUGGUGAAGGCGUGGACUGGUGCCAGAUCCAGCAUUAAGGUUUUGGGUCCAGAGUCGUUAAUUCACUGUGUCAGAGCGGGGCGACCGGCAGCUCCUUGCCCAUCGCCCUGUUGUGUGCCGCAGCUUCCCCUCCCACCUUGUGUCUUUUUGGCUUGUAAUCAGCACAUCAUCUCAGAGUCUAAGGUUCUGGUAACCUGUUGUUGUGUCUUUACCCCCCUGCUCUUGUUUUACUGUGUUUUUAAAAGAAAAUCCCUUUUUUUUAAUUAUUUUUUCCCCCGUUCUCCCUGAAUUUUUAUUUCAAUCGCACUAUGCACAGAUUCAACUUUAACCUGCAAGAUCCCUUGUGUGUUCUGUGGGGAAUGUAAAAAUUAGAGAAAACACGUCAAUAAACACUAACUUCCAUAAAA